AAGACAUUAGUUUAUAGUAGUUUGUCUCCGAAAUCACGCAUACGCAUAUAUAUAUAUUUUAUCCAGUUAUCGUCCUUUUAUCGUCUUCCUUCAAUUAAAUUUAUAAAAAAAACUUAUCCCUUCACUCCAUUUAUCUCUCUUCUGCCAUGGCGAUUUCUACUAUUCUGUGAUUUGAAGACCGGACCCAGAAGUGAAGAUCUUUAAAACCGUGUUUUUUUUCCCGACCAAAUCGGCAAUAGAUUUUUGGUUUGUGCCUUUGUGUUCUGGAAGAUAAGGCGAUGGAGGUGAUGCCAAGAGGACCUACUUUCUCAAUCGAAGUCUCGGAAUACGGUAACGAUCUACAGGCGAUGGAGAAGGCUUCUUCCUCUUCCGGUUUCACGGUGAACGAUGAGGAAAACGGAAUCUGGUCAGGCCGGACGGUGGAUUACUCGUCGGAAAGUUCAUCAUCGAUCGGAAGUCCCGGAGACAGCGAAGAAGACAACGACGAAGAGCUAGGGCUUCGAGGAUUAGGUUCAAUGAGCUCUCUAGAAGAUUCUCUCCUCACCAAAAGAGGGUUAUCGAAUCACUACAAAGGGAAAUCAAAAUCGUUUGGGAAUUUAGGAGAGAUUGGGAGUGUAAAAGAAGUACCAAAGCAAGAGAAUGCAUUGAAUAAACGAAGAAGGUUACAGAUCUGCAACAAAUUAGCAAGAAGAUCGUUUUACUCAUGGCAAAACCCUAAGUCUAUGCCUCUUUUCCCCGUCAACGAAGACGAGGAAGAUAGUGAAGAUCUCAAAUCCGGGUACACGGAGAACAAAUCAACAUCUAGUGAUGAAGAGCGAGAAGGUGUUUUUACAAGGAAACAUUCGUUCAAGAACAGAGCAGUCAUGUCUAGGAGUUGUUUUACACUCUCAGAUCUCCAGGAGGAAGAUGAUGAUGAUGAUCAAUAAUGCAAAUCGUUAUCUUUUUCUUUGUUCAUAGUUAUUUUCUUUAUUUUUAUUUUUCGCACGAAUUAAUGUUUCUUAAUUUAGUUCAGGAAAUUAAUUAUAUAUAUUAUGUCGACGGGAGAAAAGUAAUCAACCACGUUAGUGUUUGAUUCUUUUAAUUGCUUAUCUGUUUGAUGUCCUUUCAGUCUCCACAUUAUCCAUUCUCUAAUUUCUUAUAUUUUAUUUUAUAAAGGACGAGUCAAUAGUUG